AUGAUUGAUAUUAUUGGACCAUCAAAUAUAAAUUACAAUUAUUUAAAUGCUUCAUUCGUGUAUUCUCAACUAUUGAAAGAAAUUCUAUUAGAUAUUCAUACAGAGAAAGAAACUGAUCGACGUUCAUUUAUUGAGCAUUGUUAUAAACCUCUUUCUGACAAUACAAUCAUUGAUCUAUUUGGUAUUGAUUAUAAAAAACAUUCUCCGAUUUAUUGUUAUUCUAUUUAUCCAUCCGUAUUCAACACGGUGAAUCAAGCGCUGCGUACUGUAAAUGUUGAUUUACUUGUAAAAAUGACCUUUUUUAUUGGUGAUCUUCACAAACAAAUCAAAGAAUUACAUCCCAAGGUACCAAUCAAAGACAAAUUAGUCGUUUUCCGUGGUCAAGCUCUAACGAAAAGAGAAUGUAAAAAACUUGAAACUAGCAUUGGCGGUUUUAUAUCAUUCAACUGUUUCCUAUCGACAAGUACUAAACAAGACAUUUCAGAAAUGUUUGCCGAAAGUAAUAGUUCCGCACAAGGUUGUAAUGGUGUAUUAUUUGAAAUUGAAAUUGAUCCUGAAAUUUCAUCGAGUCCAUUUACAUCAAUCGAAGAGUAUUCUCAAUUUCCGGAAGAGCACGAAAUUCUUUUUUCAACACAUACAAUCUUUCAUAUAGAUCGUGUGUCUGUACAAAAUGAUGGUUUAUAUUAUGUUCAUCUAAGUUUAACAAACGAUGAUCACGAUAAAAAUCUUUAUGAAUUACUUGUUUAUCGAAGAAAAGAAAUUGAAGGACAAACCUGCAUACAUCGUCUUGCUCAAUUAUUAUAUCAAAUGGGUAAAUUUCAGCAUGCCAAACAUUUCUUUCAUAUAUUACUUGGUACCACUUCCUCUUGGGAUGAGAUCUUUCAGCUUAGCCAUUAUAUCGCUCGAAUAGAUUGUCAGAUUGGUGAUUUAAAACAUGCUACAGCUCAGCAAGCCAUAGCAAUGCAAUUUGAUGCUGGUCGUAAUCCCGCACUUACUGCUGAUAUCAAUGCUGGCAUGGCAGAAGUCUUUUUACGAAGCGAUAUGCUCGAGGAUAGUUUAGAGUUAUACAUGAGAGCGUACACAAUCGCUGAACGAUCACCAACAAUUAACGAUCACAGUAAAGUUUUAUAUCUCAAUAAUAUUGGAUUUGUGCUUAAACUUCAGAAGAAUUACGAUCAAGCAUUGACCCAUUUUCAAAAAGCACUAGAUAUUGCCGUCGCUCGAUUUCCAUCAACACAUCCGGAUAUAGCUAAUAUCUACCAAAAUAUCGGAUCGCUUUACUUUGAUAAACGCGAUUUCAAGAUGUCUAUUGAUUAUUUAAAGAAAUCAUUCGAUAUUCAAGAAGUAUCUUUGCCGUCGGAUCAUCCAUCAAUGGGUUAUAUACAUUAUAAUCUUUCUAAGGUGUAUGUGGAACUUAAUCAAUGCGAUCAGGCCAUUCAUCACAGCCAGUUGGCAAUCGAUAUUUUGAAAAAGUCGUUUUCUGAUGAUCAUCCAGAAAUACGCAAAAUUCAAGGGCAUCACGAUGCAGUAUCUGUUGUUCAACGUUGGAAGCGUUCAUCUGAUACAUCGCAACAUCGAGCAGGGUGUGGAUAUUCAUAUUCUCGCCCUCACCCUCAAUGA